AUGGCUGCGCUGGACGAUAUAGGUGUCGAUAUCAGUUCGGAUUUAGAAGUAGAAGAGGAAAAUGAUGUGAGCGAUGAGGAAAUUGAGGCGGAGGAUCUUGAGAAGCGCAUGUGGAAGGACCGCGUGAAGCUCAAGCGGAUCAAAGAGCGCCAGAAGCUGGCCGUCGUCCAGCUAGCAAUAUCCAGGAAGCAGAAGGCCCAGUCCACCACAGACCAAGCCCGGCGCAAGAAGAUGGCCAGGGCCCAGGAUGGUAUUCUCAAGUACAUGCUGAAGCUGAUGGAGGUUUGUCGGGCCCGUGGGUUCGUCUAUGGCAUCAUCCCCGAGAAGGGCAAGCCCGUGAGUGGCGCCUCCGACAACAUCCGGGCCUGGUGGAAGGAGAAGGUCAAGUUCGACAAGAACGGGCCAGCCGCCAUUGCCCGCCAUGAGGCCGAGUGUGCUUCCAGUGGUGGGGCCGCUAGCGGUGGUGGCCCUGGAAAUUCCAAAAACGCACUUCAAGACUUGCAGGACGCCACCUUGGGCUCCCUCCUGUCGUCCCUGAUGCAGCACUGUGACCCGCCCCAGAGGAAAUACCCGCUGGAGAAGGGAAUCCCUCCCCCCUGGUGGCCCACGGGGGAUGAGGAGUGGUGGGCCAAGCUAGGGCUCCAGAGGGGUCUGAGCCCACCGUACAAGAAGCCCCAUGAUCUUAAGAAGAUGUGGAAGGUUGGGGUCUUGACGGCCGUCAUCAAGCACAUGUCGCCUGAUAUUGCCAAAAUCAGGAGGUUAAUUAGGCAGUCAAAGUGUUUGCAGGAUAAGAUGACGGCUAAGGAGAGCUCGAUAUGGCUGGGGGUGUUGAGCCGGGAGGAGGGCUCGAUCAGGAAGCCGAGCAGCGAGAAUGGCUCGUCCGGCGUGAGUGAGGCUCCCCCGAGAGGAUGUCCUGAUGAUAAGAAGAGGUUGUCGGUUGAGAGUGACAGCGACUAUGAUGUCGACGGCUUUGAUAAGGGUUCGGGAUCGGUUUCGUCUAGGGACAUCGAACAACCUCCAACUCAGGUUAAGACUAGUAAACGGGCAAAAGACAAGAAACGUGAAGGCGAGCAGCAGAGAAAAAGGAAACAUGCAAAAUUAAACCAUAACGAUCGAUCGGGAGUUCCACCUCUCGACCCGGGUAAUGACCAGGCACGAUUUGUUGAGUAUUCGAUGAACGAGAACCAGUUGGAAAUGGGAAAUAACAUUAACGGGCAACCUUGUGCAGUAGAAACUGCUGCAAACAUUGUCUUUCCCUUGCCGCCAACAAUUGCUGUUCCAAUUCGGAGCAUGUCCUCUGAAAACGAACGAUUGCAUCAUACUGCAGCUCAAAGUGGUUCAGUUAUGACACAUUCGCCUCAAGAUUCUCAGUUGCAGCUCAGGUCUCAUCACAGUCUUCAAAUGUGGCCUCGAGAUUCAAACCAACCUCAGGAGCCUCAAAACCCGGAGCUGCACCCAGGGAUAAAUUAUCAAUAUUAUAAUCCCGUGGCUGCGGUUGGUCUGAGUCAUCAACUGCCUCAACCUGAGCCCGCAUUCAAUGAUAUUCAGUACAGGCCUGAGGAACCGGGAUUUAAUCUGCCUGUGUUGCCCCCAACAGAAAAUGAUAUUUCUCAAGGGGGUUUUCCACAAUUUUCAAAAGAUGCACCCGUUGUCGUUGACACUCAGUUCCCAUCCCCACUCCAUGCCUUGUCGCCCGAGUUACCAGGGUACAGCCCGUUUAGCCUUCAAUUUGACGGGACAAGCUCAUUGGACACUGGUGACUUUGACUUUGUCGUGGAUGAUAAUGCGGUCGAUGAUAAUAACUUUGCUGAGUUGAUGAAGUACUUCGCAUCAUGA